UCGCAUUUUCUAUUGUACAUUCAUAGAGAACGCGCGCUUGCAUUGUGUGUAAUAAUUAUUAUAAUCACUGAUCAACGAUGUCAACCAAGGAGUGGGAAAAGUUAAUAGACAAGGAAAUUUUAAUUACUUUGGUGGAAGUUAGGCCAGUCCUUUGGGACAAGACGCUGGAUAAAUACAAAGACAAUACUGCAAGUAUUGUAGGUUGGCGCGAAAUAUGCGUUAUUCUAGUGGAGGAUUUUGAGGCUAUGGAACAAAGACAAAGACAAGAGUUCGGAAAACUUGUUAUGAAAAAAGUGGAGACAGAUGAGAGAUGCCUAACUGAGAACACUAAAAGAUAG